AUGCAGUAUCUAAAUAUCAAAGAGGACUGCAAUGCCAUGGCUUUCUGUGCUAAAAUGCGGAGCUCCAAGAAGACCGAGGCGAACCUGGAGGCCCCUGAGCCCGGGGUGGAAGUGCUCUUCUACCUGCCGGACAGGGAGCCCCUGCGGCUGGGCAGCGGGGAGUACACGGCGGAGGAGCUGUGCAUCAGGGCGGCGCAGGAGUGCUGUAUCUCUCCUCUGUGCCACAACCUCUUUGCCCUGUACGAUGAGAGCACCAAGCUCUGGUAUGCUCCAAAUCGCAGCAUUACUGUUGACGACAAGACAUCGCUCCGGCUCCACUACCGGAUGAGGUUCUAUUUUACCAACUGGCACGGGACCAAUGAUAAUGAGCAGUCGGUAUGGCGACAUUCUCCAAAGAAGCAGAAAAAUGGCUACGAGAAAAAAAAAGUUCCAGAUGCAACCCCUCUCCUUGACGCCAGCUCUCUGGAGUAUCUGUUUGCCCAGGGACAAUAUGAUUUGGUCAAAUGCCUGGCUCCCAUCCGAGACCCCAAGACUGAGCAGGAUGGGCACGACAUCGAGAACGAGUGCCUGGGCAUGGCCGUGCUGGCCAUCUCGCACUAUGCCAUGAUCAAGAAGAUGCAGUUGCCAGAACUCCCCAAGGACAUCAGCUACAAGCGAUAUAUUCCAGAAACAUUGAAUAAGUCCAUCAGACAGAGGAACCUUCUUACCAGGAUGCGGAUAAAUAAUGUCUUCAAGGAUUUCCUAAAGGAAUUUAACAACAAGACCAUUUGUGACAGCAGCGUGUCCACACAUGACCUGAAGGUGAAAUACCUGGCGACCUUGGAAACUUUGACAAAACAUUAUGGUGCUGAAAUAUUUGAGACUACCGUGUUAAUGAUUUCAUCAGAAAAUGAGAUGAAUUGGUUUAAUCCGAACGACAGUGGAAAUGUUCUCUACUAUGAAGUGAUGGUGACUGGAAACCUUGGAAUCCAAUGGAGGCAGAAACCGAAUGUUGUUCCUGUUGAAAAGGAAAAAAAUAAAUUGAAACGGAAAAAAUUGGAAAAUAAACACAAGAAGGACGAGGAGAAAAACAAAAUCCGAGAAGAGUGGAACAAUUUUUCGUACUUCCCUGAAAUCACUCACAUUGUAAUAAAGGAGUCUGUGGUCAGCAUUAAUAAGCAGGACAACAAAAAGAUGGAACUGAAGCUCUCUUCCCACGAGGAGGCCUUGUCCUUCGUGUCGCUGGUCGAUGGCUACUUUCGGCUCACAGCAGAUGCCCAUCAUUACCUCUGCACUGACGUGGCUCCUCCAUUGAUUGUCCACAACAUACAGAACGGCUGUCACGGCCCAAUCUGCACCGAGUAUGCCAUCAAUAAACUGCGGCAAGAAGGAAGCGAGGAGGGCAUGUAUGUGCUGCGGUGGAGCUGCACGGACUUUGACAACAUCCUCAUGACCGUCACCUGCUUUGAAAGGCCUGAGGUGUCAGGUGGCCAAAAACAGUUCAAGAACUUCCAGAUCGAGGUGCAGAAGGGUCGCUACAGCCUGCAUGGCUCGGACCGCGGCUUCCCCAGCCUGGGGGAGCUCAUGAACCACCUCAAGAAGCAGAUCCUGCGCACAGACAACAUCAGCUUCGUGCUGAAGCGCUGCUGCCAGCCCAAGCCCCGAGAAAUCUCCAAUCUGCUGGUGGCUACGAAGAAAGCCCAGGAGUGGCAGCACGUCUACCCCAUGAGUCAGCUGAGUUUUGAUCGGAUUCUCAAGAAAGACAUCAUGCAAGGCGAGCACCUUGGGAGAGGCACGCGGACACACAUCUACUCUGGGACCCUGAUGGAUUACAAGGACGACGAAGGAACUUCUGAAGAGAAGAAAAUAAAAGUGAUCCUCAAAGUCUUGGACCCCAGCCACAGGGACAUUUCUCUGGCCUUCUUCGAGGCAGCCAGCAUGAUGAGACAGGUCUCCCACAAACACAUCGUGUACCUCUACGGUGUCUGUGUCCGUGACGUGGAGAAUAUCAUGGUGGAAGAGUUUGUGGAGGGUGGGCCUCUGGAUCUCUUUAUGCACCGGAAAAGCGACGUCCUCACCACACCAUGGAAAUUCAAAGUUGCUAAACAGCUGGCCAGUGCCCUGAGUUACUUGGAGGAUAAAGACCUGGUCCACGGAAACGUGUGCACUAAGAACCUCCUCCUGGCCCGCGAAGGCAUCGACAGCGAGUGUGGCCCGUUCAUCAAGCUCAGCGACCCUGGCAUCCCCAUCACCGUGCUGUCCAGGCAAGAAUGCAUAGAGCGGAUCCCAUGGAUUGCUCCCGAGUGUGUGGAAGAUUCCAAGAACCUGAGCGUGGCAGCUGACAAAUGGAGCUUUGGAACCACCCUCUGGGAAAUCUGCUAUAAUGGCGAGAUCCCCCUGAAAGACAAGACGCUGAUUGAGAAAGAGAGAUUCUAUGAAAGCCGAUGCAGACCAGUGACACCGUCUUGUAAGGAGCUGGCUGACCUUAUGACUCGCUGCAUGAACUAUGACCCCAACCAGAGACCCUUUUUCCGAGCCAUCAUGAGAGACAUCAAUAAGCUGGAAGAGCAGAAUCCAGACAUUGUCUCAGAAAAAACGCCAGCAACCGAAGUGGAUCCCACCCAUUUUGAAAAGCGGUUCUUAAAGAGAAUCCGUGACUUGGGAGAGGGCCACUUUGGGAAGGUGGAGCUCUGCAGGUAUGACCCUGAAGGGGACAAUACAGGGGAGCAGGUGGCUGUCAAAUCCCUGAAGCCGGAGAGUGGAGGGAACCACAUAGCUGAUCUGAAGAAGGAAAUCGAAAUCUUAAGGAACCUCUAUCAUGAGAACAUUGUCAAGUACAAAGGCAUCUGUACGGAAGAUGGAGGAAAUGGUAUUAAACUCAUCAUGGAAUUUCUGCCUUCUGGAAGCCUUAAGGAAUAUCUUCCAAAGAAUAAGAACAAAAUUAACCUCAAACAGCAGUUAAAAUAUGCAGUUCAGAUUUGUAAGGGGAUGGACUAUUUGGGGUCACGACAGUACGUUCACCGGGACUUAGCAGCAAGGAACGUCCUUGUAGAAAGUGAGCACCAAGUGAAAAUUGGAGACUUUGGUUUAACUAAAGCAAUUGAAACCGACAAAGAGUACUACACAGUCAAGGAUGACCGGGACAGCCCCGUGUUCUGGUACGCCCCGGAAUGUCUAAUUCAGUGUAAAUUUUAUAUCGCCUCUGAUGUCUGGUCCUUCGGAGUGACUCUGCACGAGCUGCUUACUUACUGUGAUUCAGACUCCAGUCCCAUGGCUUUGUUCCUGAAAAUGAUAGGCCCCACUCACGGCCAAAUGACGGUGACGAGACUUGUGAACACACUGAAAGAAGGAAAACGUUUGCCUUGUCCUCCUAACUGUCCAGAUGAGGUUUAUCAACUUAUGAGAAAAUGCUGGGAAUUUCAACCAAAUAAUCGGACAACCUUUCAGAACCUUAUUGAAGGGUUUGAGGCACUUUUAAAAAGCAUGAAUAACAUUUAA